UCGAUGGCCAGAAGCAUCUGUACUCCUCUUAUUGAGAACAUACGAGGAGAUGGAAGAAAAGUUUAAUAGUGGAAAAUUUUCCCAAAAGAAAUGUUGGGCAUUAAUUUCCGAAAUAUUUAAGAAAAAGGGAUACAACAUAACAGGGCCACAAUGUGCCUCAAAGUUUAGAAGUUUGAAAAAAACUUACAAAUCAAUUAAGGACCACAAUUCCCAAUCUGGAAAUAAUCGACGAACGUGGCAAUAUUUUGAGAUAAUGGAUAAUAUGUUUUCAAAAAAAGCCUGGUGUAAUCCCGUAGCACUUGCUUCAUCCACCGGACAAUUACUUAAACAUGUAAACACAGAAGAAUGUUCUCCUACUUGUUCAACAUUUUCUGAAAAUGAUUCUGCUGAUAAAGAAAAUGCUACAUCUGAAAAAAGUACAAAAACGAAAACUUUGACGUCAGUGGCAAAACUGCUUCAACAAAGAUUGAUACAAAAAGAGGAACAUGAAGCAAAAAAACAGAAGCGUCACAAUGAGAGAAUGAACAUUGAAACAAAACUGGUUGAUACUCUUACACAGUUUUUAAAUAAAACCUGAGUCAAGAAUUAGAAGUCAAGUUAAGAGUUAAGUAAUCC